UUUUGUUUCGACAUGUUUGAGUGCCGAAUAUAACACUCUUACUUUAUUUUAAUUAUUUUAAUCAUAAAGAAAUUACCGCUAAAAUAGGAAUAGUCUGCCUUUAGAGUUACAUAUUUCUCUUUUGUGCUUGCUCUGUUUUGUUGUUAUAAACGGUGUUCAGUGUUAUAUUAUAUUGGCUUCCAAAAUCCCACUUUCUAAAACUAAACGUUGAAAACUUUGCCGGGUUACAGUCAAUUUUAAGCCGCCGCCCACAUUUUUAGUGUCAGUCGCCGCAGCCUUUAAUAUUUGUCGGCGCAGGGCUCUCAUGCCUGUGUAUUUUUUAGAAAAGUUUUUCUUUCUAUUCAAAGUUAUUUUAUUUUUAAAAAUAUAACAUAAAUGAAGGCUAUUGUUCAACGUGUUACCUCCGCUAAAGUUACAGUUGGCGAAGAACUAAUAAGUUCUAUUGGACGUGGAUUAUGCGUUUUAGUGGGCAUCACUCAUAAUGACACCGAAAAGGAUGUGGAAUAUUUAUCCCGCAAACUUUUAUCACUGCGCUUAUUUGAAGAUCAAGCCGGUAAACGUUGGCAAAAGAGUGUGCAAGAUGAAAAAUUUGAAAUAUUAUGCGUCUCACAAUUCACCCUAUAUCAUCGUUUAAAAGGCAAUAAACCCGAUUUUCAUAUGGCCAUGCAAGGCGAACAGGCCCAACAAUUGUAUCAAAAGUUUCUUAAACGUUUGGGACAAAUGUAUGAUGAAACAAAAAUUAAAGAUGGAAAAUUUGGCGCCUAUAUGCAAGUGCAUAUACAAAAUGAUGGUCCUGUAACCAUUGAAUUGGAAUCACCAAUUGUAGAGCCAAAAGGAAAUGCUGCAAAAAAGGAGAAUGCCACAGAAAAUAAGACAACACAGCAGGAGGCAGUUAUUAGUGAAAAUGGAGACAAAUUAUAGAUGAUAUUAUUGUUAGCGAAUCUUGAGAAUCAAUUUGUUAAGGAGUUUGUUAAGAAAUGUAGUCAAUUUUGUAUUAAUUUAUUUAACAAUAAUGUGUUAAAGUUUGUUAGUUUUUGUUGUUUCUUUAAAAUAUUGUAGAUUUUACUGAAUUUCUUUUAAAAUUUGUAAAACUCCUUUUAAAAUACCUUGUAAAUUUAUUUUUAUAGCUAUUUUACACUUUUUAUGAGUAGUUAUUUAUUAAAUUAUGUUUAUUUUAUAAUAAAAAUGUAAUUUAUAUAGGUUUUUAUAUAAAAAUGCUUGAAAAGUAAUAAAAAUCAUUUAAAACCGUU